AUGGGUGGCGGCGUGCGGCGCCACUGGCUCGUCAGCGACGCUGCUCGUGCCGGCGGAAAAGUCUUGGGCACGAUCACGGCGCCGCCGGCGAGCGCAUGGAGCGAGAAGAAGAACUAUUGGCUGCUGUUCUACCAGGUCGACGGGCUCACGGUAACCGGCAACAGCACCGGCUUGCUCGACGGCAGCGGCGUGACGUGGUGGACUGAUAAAUGCAAACACAGUGAUGAUGAUUGUGUAACUAAGGCACCGACGGCCUUGUUGGUCAUGAACUGCACCGGCGUGGAGCUGAGCCAAUUCAGCAGCAAGGACAGCCCGCAGAUGCACAUCGGCCUCAGCAUGAGCGGCAAGGUCAACGUGACGCAGCUCACCAUCACCGCGCCGGAGGACAGCCCCAACACCGACGGCAUCCACGUCGACCGGAGCGAAGACGUCCACAUCACCGGUUCCACCAUCGGCACGGGCGACGACUGCAUCUCCAUCGGCCCUGGUAGCCGCUUCAUCACCGUCGACGGAAUCGUCUGCGGCCCCGGCCAUGGUGUAAGUGUGGGGAGCCUGGGCAGGGAUGGAGCAAACGAAUCCGUGGAGUACAUCGACGUGAGAAACGUCCAGUUCAUCAACACGACGAAUGGAGCAAGGAUCAAGACGUGGAGGGGUGGGAGAGGUUACGCGAAAUCCAUCUCCUUCACCAACAUAAACUUCACCAACGUGGAUCAUCCUGUGAUCAUCAACCAGUUCUACGAAGAUCGCCAAGACGUCUCAAAUACGGGGGCGGUGGCGCUGAGCAACAUAACCUACACGAACCUCAACGGGACGUCGACGCGAAAGACGGCCGUCGACUUCGACUGCAGCAAGAACGGCAGCUGCAUGGACAUCCACGUCAACAGCGUGGCGAUCACGGCGGCGGACGGCGGAGCAACCGUGGCCCGCUGCCAGAACGCGGACGUGGACACCUCCGGGUUCGUCUACCCGAAGAUCCCUUGCGUAGCUAACGCUGCAUCGCCCAGCCCAGGGCUUAGCACCUAGCAAUGCUGUUGGGCGUUUGUACAUGGAUGUGAACGCACGGUGUACCUAGCUAUGCUGCAAGCCUUUUCUUCCUUUUUUGGGCUUACUGUGAAAGCUUUACUGCAACGUGUAGCGCCAUGUAUAUUGCCCAGUUACUUUUUUUUUCUUAGGGAGCAGGAUUUUGUUGAGCACGAGAGGUCUACCCCGAUAGAAAAUGGAAUAAUGCUGGUUUUUCAU